UUAGAAUACUAGGCGUUCCUUAUUAAAUCGUUUAUGAUUAUUGUACACCUUAACAAGCAAAACAAACAAAUGUUAAAAUUCGAAAAUGUUUCAACCGGAGUACGAACAGCGCCUGCUUCCGGGACUCCUGGAUUGCAGAAAGGAGCAGCUGGAUCUUCGCUGCAUUCCUAGACGGGCCGGCAAUCAGUGGGCCCGCAACUAUGCCCUAGCACCUGACAACUCCAGCGAGUUGUGCGAGAACUCUGCUUAUGCAUGUCUGCUGCGCAACGAGUUCCUGGACACGGAGAUCACUUCUCUAGAUCAGAGUACGCAGGGCAUCUAUCGGUUUGCCAACAAGAGUUCGCUAUCUUUGCGCACGCCAUUUGCAGACAUCAGUGAAUCUAGCCACCGGUUGCUAAGCUCUGCCAAAAGACCAGUGCGUCGACUGCCGCGACUGCCUUACAAGAUACUCGAUGCACCGGAGCUGCAGGAUGACUUCUACCUCAACCUCAUCGACUGGUCGUCUGAAAACACCUUGGUCGUGGGCCUGGGUUGCUCUGCUUACCUGUGGAGCGCGGUCACCGGUCAGGUGACCCGGUUGUGCGACUUCAGCCAGGAGGACAACCUGGUCACGGCGGUUAGCUGGCACGGUGGAGGCCGUCAGGUGGCCAUUGGGACCCUGUCUGGUUAUGUCAGCAUCUGGGACGCAGAGGGUCAGCAGGAGCUAAACCGACUCGAUGGCCACUCGUCCCGGGUCACUGCGCUUGCUUGGCGCGGAAACAGCUUGGCCAGUGGCUCCCGCGACCGUUCCAUUCUACAGCGCGAUGUUCGCAAUCCGCCGAAGCACAUUACUCGUUGCUUGCGUGGCCACAAACUCGAGGUGUGCGGCCUCCAGUGGUCGCCUAGUAACCGCUACUUAGCCAGUGGAAGCAGCGACAACCGCCUAUUGGUGUGGACGGAGAACUGCCCGGAGCCGGUAUGCGCCUUCAAAGAGCAUAAGGCGGUGGUGAAGGCUUUGGCCUGGUCACCACACAAAUCCGGUCUGCUUGCCAGUGGCGGUGGGUCUGCCGACCGGUGUCUGCGGUUCUGGAACGUGCUGACUGGCAAGAUGGUGCAAUGCGUAGAUACUGGCGCUCAGAUUAGCAACUUGGCCUGGGCGAGAAAUUCCUCGGAGCUAGUUACCACCCACGGACAGGCGGAGCCACAGAUCAUUGUCUGGCGCUAUCCCUCGCUGAAGCAGGUGGUCAAGCUCACCGGGCACACGCACCGCGUGCUCUAUUUGUCCGUGAGCCCGGACAAAGAGUCCAUAGUCACUGGCGGGGCAGAUGAGACUCUUCGAUUCUGGACCGUAUUCACAAAACAGAAGCCGCCCAAACUGCCAAACUCUGUGCUUAACCUGUAUCAGCCCAUCAGAUGAGAACGAAAUUACCACGUACCCCUUUUGUUCCUGGGAAUUAUAUUUUUUAUUACUUACUGAUGAUUACUUAAAUAUCACUUCUUUUUUUAAACGGUUA